CUUCAACUCCAUCAUCACACACCUGCGCACCUACUCACUCUAGUUGCGCUACUUCUCUCUCGGUGAAGACACCUAAAUUUCACUCAUCAUGUCUAAAACCGCUCCCCGCAACUUCUCCAGCGCGAGCGCCUCGGCCCCCAAGUCCCAAAGGGGGCCACGCUCCAGCGCAGGAAGCAUGUUUGGGGGAGCUGGUGGGACAGGCGCGCGCGCCUCUGUGUCCACUCUUCAAGGUCUUGAGAACGCGCUGCGCCCGAACAAUCAGCCGAACAACAACACUUCGGCUGCCCCUGCGGCAGGCGGCAAAGAAACCAUGAAGGGCUUGAACGAGCGUCUGGACAAGUAUCUGUCCAGAGUGCGAAUGCUGGAGAAUUCCAACAAAAAUCUGGAAGACCAAAUUAAAGAGAUCUUGUUGAAGAGAGGAAUCACAAAUGAACGAGACUGGGACGCUAUCGAGACGCCGCUGGAAGAUCUCAGGAAACAGAUUCGAGAUAUGACUAUGGAAAAUGCCCGUCUCCUGUUGCGGAUUGACAACUCUAGGCUGGCCUCCGACGACUUCAAAGUCAAGGCUGAUACUGAGCAGGCCACGCGGCUGGGUGUUGAGAAGGACGUCGCUGGCCUGCGCAAGAUCAUCGAUGACUCGAACAUUAACCGUCUGCAGGUGGAGAGCCAGAUCGAGUCUAUAAGAGAGGAGAUAGCAUAUCUGAAAAAGAGCCACGAGGAGGAAGUUGCUGACCUGCGCGACCAGAUCAAGGAUUCCAAAGUCACGGUGCAGAUGGAUUCCCGCAAGGGAAAUGAUCUGAGCGACAUCAUCGCCAAGAUCCGCCAGCAGUACGAGAAAGUGGCAGAGAAGAACCGCGAGGAGACAGAAGCCUGGUAUCAGGGCAAGUUUGACAACAUGAAGGCUGGGGUCAUUGAGAACACGGAGACCAUACAGAAGGAGCGGAAUCUGCUGAACGAACUGCGGAGGCAGAGACAGUCCCUGGAGAUUGACUUGCAGGCCCUUUACACCAUGAUUCAGUCCCUGGAGAAGACCUUGAAUGAGACGGAGAACCGCAACGGGCUGUUGAUGAGCCAGCUGAACGAGCGGAUCCUGAGGCUGGAGGGGGAGCUGGGCCAGGUCCGGGCCCAGAUGGAGCGCCAGGCUGCUGACUACCAGGCGCUGCUCAAUGUGAAGAUGAAGCUGGAGGCGGAGAUCGCCAAAUACAGGCACCUGCUGGAGGGCCUCCCUGAUGACGACAGUCCUGUGAUAAAGAAUGAAAAGUGAGUGGUUCCGACAGCAGCCAGAAGGUGGAGCCCCUGAGCAAAGCAGUAGGAAGAGCAAGGAGGCAGAGAAUAUUCAGCAAAGGAAGAAGGCACUGGAGUGACCCACGCCUGUCCUGGAUGCUCAACAAUCACCUUUACCCAAUGCCCGUGCAUAUGCUAUGCGGGCCUCUUAUACAGAAUGUGAACCCAUCUGUUCUUUUAUGAUCAAUAAAUAAGUGCUUUCCCAUCUAA